CGUCACAACACGUCAUCACGCUUGCACUAGGAAUUGCAAGAUGGCGGAGAGUGCGGAAUUGAAGCAAAUGGUGAUGAGCCUGCGCGUUUCAGAGCUGCAGGUUCUGCUAGGUUACGCGGGCCGGAACAAACACGGGCGAAAACAUGAGCUGUUAACCAUGGCCCUGCAUCUCCUGAAAGCCGGCUGCAGCCCCGCCGUGCAGAUGAAGAUCAAGGAGCUGUACUGCAGACGCUUCCCCACCAAGAUGGGCUCUCCCUCAGAGCUGGUCCUGCCCGGACCACACUACCCUGCCUCGGGAGGAGGGGGCACCGCCGCCCUACCUGCCGGCCUCAGCCAGCUGGCGUAUGAGGGCCACGGGCACGGGGGAGUACCCUCGCCGGCUGCCCUGCUGCCCAUCUCGUUGCUGGGGCCUGGCAAGCACGAGCUCAGCGGGCUGGCGCACCACCUGCCCACCUCGGCCACCCUGCAUCCGGUGCACCCAGACGUCAAGCUGCAGAGGCUGCCCUUCUACGAUAUGCUGGACGAGCUCAUCAAACCCACCAGUCUAGCAUCGGACAACAGCCAGCGGUUUCAGGAAACGUGUUUUGCGUUCGCACUAACACCGCAGCAAGUCCAACAGAUUAGCAGCUCAAUGGACAUCUCGGGGACCAAAUGUGAAUUCACAGUACAAGUUCAAUUACGGUUUUGUCUCUCUGAGACGAGUUGUCCUCAGGAAGACCACUUUCCGCCCAAUCUGUGUGUGAAGGUGAACGGGAAGCCAUGCAACCUCCCGGGUUAUCUUCCUCCAACGAAAAACGGUGUGGAGCCGAAGCGCCCCAGCCGGCCCAUCAACAUUACCUCAGUGGUCAGAUUAUCCACCACAGUCCCCAACACCAUCGUGGUGUCUUGGACCUCAGAGGUUGGAAGGCACCUUCUGUGUUUUCAGAGCUACUCUAUGGCGGUGUACCUGGUCAAGCAGCAGUCGUCCACAGUACUGUUGCAGAGACUACGGUCCAAAGGCAUCAGGAACCCAGACCAUUCCAGAGCACUCAUCAAAGAGAAGCUAACUGCAGAUCCAGACAGUGAAAUCGCCACCACCAGCCUGCGUGUGUCGCUGCUCUGUCCGCUGGGGAAGAUGCGUCUGAUGAUCCCGUGCCGGGCGCUGACGUGUUCCCACCUGCAGUGUUUUGACGCUACGCUGUACAUCCAGAUGAAUGAGAAGAAACCCACCUGGGUUUGUCCCGUCUGUGAUAAGAAAGCCCCCUACGAACAUCUCAUCAUUGACGGGUUGUUUAUGGAGAUCCUGAACAGCUGUGUAGACUGUGAUGAGAUCCAGUUUAAGGAGGAUGGCUACUGGGCCCCCAUGAGGACAAAGAAGGAAGUACAGGAGGUCUCGUCAGCGUCCUACAGCAACGGACUGGAAGGCUUGCACCGGUCGGCGGUAGGGGAGCAGAGGAGCUCGUCGUCCCACAACGGGGGCAGUAGUAGGAUGAAGGUGGAGGUGAUCGACCUGACCCUGGACAGCUCCUCAGAGGACGACGAUGAUGACCAACCGCCCCUCAAGAGGCCGUGCCCCUCCCUGUCCCCCACCUCGCCUCCCAUCGUCAACAAGGGAGUGUUGAACCUGCACCACCAGGUGUCCCCAGUGAGCCGGACCCCCAGCAUGCCGUCUGUGGACACCAGCUACAUCCCCCCCGUACCUCCCCUCAUCCAGGACUACCGUCCCUACUACCACGCCCCAAACCAGCUCACAGAUCUGAAUUUCUUCUCCUUUCUACAAGGGGACAAUCAUCAGCAUUACAACAUGGUGAUGGCCGCCGCCGCCGCUGCCUCGGCCUCGGACGACCACGAGCUCCUUCUCAACCACUUCCGUCCCUACACCACCUCCUCCUCGUCCUCCUCCCAGCUGUUCCUGGACCAAUCUGGGGCGCCCUCCUCUGGCUCGCUGGCGCCCGUCAACGGUGGUGAUGGAGGAAACAGCAGCGGUGGCAGCAGCAGUAGCCUAGUGUCCUCUAGCAGUCUGAGAGACACUCACAGCACACACUCUCACACACACCCCACGCACUCACACACACACCCCACGCACUCACACACACACCCCACCCACUCACACCCCGGCGUAGGAGGUCGGUCCAGUGCUGAUGUGGCGGCCGCAGCCCUCUACGGGGCCGUCCCCGACGUGAUCUCACUAGACUGACGAUUUUGUUUUCGGCGACUAGCGACUGACUCCGAAACAGAGGGUUUGUUGGUUGUUUAAUGGAGGAUGCAGUCAUGACUACUAAACUGACGCAGAAACAGUUUAACGGUCCCACCCAGUCUACAGCUCUGGUUUUGAGUUGUGUUGUUAAGGCUGACUCCAGAACAGUGGAAUACCUGUCUGUGGCGGAGCCGGUCCCGAGGUGUCGUUUGACUGGGCUGACCCAGGAACAGUUAUAAAGUCACACCCCACAGAUGGAUGGGAUUGGCACCUAGUGUUGCUUGACUGAGUCCAGAACAGUUACCUGUUGGUAGCUGGCUCCCUGACAUCAUUCCACUAGACUGACUCCAGAACAGUUAUCGGUUGGUAGCUGGCUCCCUGACGACAUUCCACUAGACUGACCCCAGAACAGUUACCGGUUGGUAGCUGGCGGCUCCCUGACGACAUUCCACUAGACUGAUAUCAGAGAGGUCUAUGGGUUUCAUCUCUGAAGUCGACAGACUGGACCUAGAUCAGCUCCCUGCCGGUACCUACCAGAAACGCCGUGCAAAAACGGGUAACGCUGUGUACAGAGAACAACAAGUAUAUUUUCUCUUUUUACUUUUGUAUAUUAAUUAAUUGAAUAAUUUUUCUGUCCCGUAAGUAACUUCAGUUGCUAUUUUGAAGUGGAGACUGAAGAUAUACAUACGUUUCCCCUCGAUAUAAUGAACUUUAAUAUCUCAUGACUUUUCUUUGGUUUUUAUCCUGAUCUGAUGGGGAUUUUCCUCACACAUUCAUGGCAUUACCUCUUGACAUUUUCAACUUAUCGAUCUCUCUCUACUCUUCAUUUUUGAAAUCACAGUUGAAUUUAUUCUCCAAGACAAUAUAUUUUCCCUGGUUGACUUGUUUGUUACUGUAUAAUUUGUUUUGGUAUUCUGCGUUCUAAGUUAUAUGUAAGAUAUAUGAAUAAGUCUCUCUGGAUAAGUGGAUCUGCUAAAUGACGUAAACAUGCAUUCCCUAAGGACUUCAGCUUGAUGCUGUGGGGAGUGUAUAGCUAGGUGGGUGAUAUUAGACAUUUCUGAUUUUCAUCUGUUAAAGGGCCAGUGGCGUCAGAAUUCUGUUUCCAGGUGUUUUUAUCAUAGUGCACAACGGCUGAUGAAACUAACAUGGUAAAAGUGUGAGAAAAAAAACGUAAAUCAGUUUUAUUUCCUGAUAGUUGCUGGAUGAAAAUAAUCUACACAGGACCUUGUAAUCAGCAGGUUUGUUUGGGCGGGAAUUUUGGCUUUACAUGGUGACGUCACUAUGUGGUAAAUUGGUUGCUAGACCAAUAGCAAAGAGACUUCCAAACCCUCUCUGCCAAUAACAGCUCGUGUUCAGUUUCCCCCCUUCCCACUCAGACCACUCCCGGACCAGUCUCGGCUAAAUUCUUGCUUUAGAGCGGGUUUUUUUCUUCCUAAAAAGCUAUUUUUGCCCAUUUUUAUGGUCAUCUAUUACAGUAAGGUGCUUCAUGUUACCUAGAAAUGAUUUGAUAUCGAUAUAUAAACGGCUGCAUUGGGCCUUUCAUUUCCCCCCCCCCACCCUUCAAUUAACCGUCUGUGCAGUCAUUAUCAUUAUGCACAAUAUUUCAAUUUGACAACAUUUGAGCAGAAAAUGUGUUGACAUGUGUAUGGUUCUUAAAACUACGGUUGACACAGAAUGCCUGUUUAACUUGAGAAAUACAGAAACACAGUCAUGUCAUGCUUUUAUUUGACACCUUGUUUAUAUUCUGUUGUUGUUGCUUUGGUUUUGCAUAUUCAACCACAUUUGUCACUUUUUGCACAAAACCAUGAAUGAACUCAACCCACACAGAGUGCAUGUGUAUCUGGGCACUACAUAUCAGUAGUAUCCUCCACCUAUCACACACUCUUCCUCUCUGUUUUCACCUGGUUGUUUGUGAGACACUCCAGCUAAAGUCAUAGCAGAGAGGAGUACCCUGUAGAGGUGGAGGGGAGUACCCCCGUAGAGGUGGAGGGGAGUACCCCGUAGAGGUGGAGGGGAGUACCCCGUAGAGGUGGAGGGGAGUACCUCGUAGAGGUG